CCCGCCCCGGGGCCGCUGGGACUCCGGCCAGCGCGGGACGCUGGACGCGGCUGCGGGACCGGGUGCGGGAGCCAGGAGGUAAUUUGGAACUCUCAAAAUGUUUGCCAAAGCAACAAGGAAUUUUCUUAGAGAAGUUGACUCUGGCGGUAACCUGAUUGCAGUAUCUAACUUGAAUGACUCUGAUAGAUUACAACUUCUAAGUCUGGUCACCAAAAAAAGGAGAUUCUGGUUUUGGCAAAGACCGAAGUAUCAGUUUUUAUCUGUUACCCUUGGAGAUGUACUCAUCGAAGACCAAUCUCUGAAUCCAGGUCAGCACCCUGCAGAUGAUGGCUGUGCCCUGACUGGCUUAGAAAGAGAGCUGGACCUGCCUUCUUUGUCAGUAGUGGAAAGGGAAAAGCAUUUAUGGCUGGGAACGGCCGGCCACUUGAGCAAGAGUGCACCGAGGAAAAUAAAUAUGAAAAAUCCCAUACUGCAGCAGGUGCUGGAAAGUAGGAAUGAGGUCCUGUGCAUUCUGACACAGAAGAUAGUGACCACGCAGAAGUGUGUGAUAUCGGAGCACAUGCAGAUCGAGGAGAAGUGUGGUGGCAUGGUUGGCAUCCAGACCAAGACGGUGCAGGUGUCGGCCAUGGAGGACGGAAACGUCAUCAAGGACACCAACGUGGUUUUGGAGAUCCCAGCGGCCACCGCCAUUGCCUAUGGUGUCAUUGAGCUGCACGUGAAGCUGGAUGGCCAGUUUGAAUUCUGUCUCCUGCAAGGGAAACAUGGUGGCUUUGAGCAGGAGAGAAGUGUGUGUGUCUUCAUGGAACGCCUGCCUUUUCGAGAACUGGAGUAUCACGACAUGCCAGAUGGUGGGCAGAGGCCACUGAGUAUCUUCAAACAAGCCACCCCGCUGCUGGAGAGGAACUUCCACCCCUUCGUGGAGCUGCCGGAGCAGCAGCAGACAGCUCUGAGCGACGUCCUCCAGGCGGUCCUGCUUGAUGCUGAGUUACUUGUGGUCCUGGACCAAGUGUGUGAUGAUGUGGUCUUUGGCCUGUCACCCCCACAGGAGAUGCUGGGGGAACUGAAGUCCCCACAGCAGCAGGAUCUCAUGGCCUUCCUGCGGCUGGUGGGAUACAGGAUGCAGGGCCAGUGCCUGGGACCGCAGGACGUGGUCAGCAACCAGAAGCUCUUCUUUCUCGCCUACUUCUUGGUCAGUGCACUAGCAGAAAUGCCUGAUGAUGCAGCACUGCUGCUGGGCACUUGCUGUAAACUCCAGAUUAUUCCUACAUUGUGCUACUUGCUCCACGCUUUGUCUGAUGAUGGAGAAGCUGAUCUUGAAGACCCAGCCUUGGCUCCUCUGAAAGACACAGAAAGGUUUGGGAUCACACAGCGUUUGUUCGCUUCUGCUGACAUGAGCCUGGAGAGGCUGCAGUCAUCCGUGAAAGCUGCUGUCCAGAAGGACCCUCACCUUUCCCCACUAAUGCUCUAUAUAAGCCUGAGUGGUCUCUGUGCCUUGGAUAGAGGACAUUAACAUUAAUAAUGUAAAUUAUAAGCACAUGCUAUCAGCCACUAUUUUUACCAUCAAGAUACUAUUAUGGGGCUGAUCAAUGAAAUGAUCAGCUGAUCAAUGAAAUGAAUUUACAAAACAGUUCAAGAAGUGAUUUUUCUGUACUACCAUUUACCUUGUGCAUAGCCACUACAGUAAUAGUAACCUGCUUCCAUCUGAUAAAACAGUAUCCUUUUCUUAAGAGACCCUCCUGUGCUGGUGACCUGGCGUCUACGUUAGACGCCAGCAACUGAACAGAGGAGACCUGAGAAGGCUAAGCUAGUGCCUGUCUACACCUUUUCCCUCUGCUGCAAAAUUGAGUCUGUUCAUCACUUUCUUGUAUUUCCCACUUCGUUAUACAUAAACCAGAUGUUGUGGAUGUUGCAGGAAGGUAAUUUCUCUUCAUAGACACAAUGUUUUAGAUGUGCUAUAUGCUCUACAGGGAUUGAAAAAUAAACUUUAAAUGCCAAGAGAGUACAUACAUUCUUUUGCUU